AUGGCUUCCGGCUCAGCUCCAGCGACACCCCUCCUCUACGCCUGCAUCGCCCACGGUAACACCAUCUUGACCGAACACACCGCCUCCGCCGCGUCCGGCACCUCCAACCUCGCCUCCCUCGUCCUCCCCAAAAUCAGCCACGACACCGCCGAGAAACGCACCUACACCCACAACGACAACUUCAUCCACUACAUCGCCGACAGCGCGCCCUCUUCCUCCGAUCCCGCGUCUCUCUCCGCCGCUGGCCUUACAUAUCUCGUCGUAUCCAAAGCUGACCUUGGCCGGCGCAUUCCCUUUGGCUUUCUUGUUGAGAUCAAGAAACGCUUCCUCACCUCUUACGACCCGGAGCGCACAACCUUCUCCUCAUUAUCCGCAUAUGGCGCGGCGGCGUUUAAUGUGCAGCUCAAGAACCUGAUGGUGGAGUACGGAACGACGAAAGCCGGACAGGAUGAUGCAGUGAAGAAUGUACAAGGCGAGAUUGAGAAUGUGCGGGGGAUCAUGACGGAGAACAUCGAGAGGGUGUUGGAAAGAGGAGAGAGGAUUGAUUUGUUGGUGGAUAAGACGGAUCGGUUGGGUGGGAGUGCGGCCGAUUUUAGGGUUAGGAGUCGGGGGUUGAGGAGGCAGAUGUGGUGGAAGAAUGUGCGGUUGAUGGUGCUUUUGGUGGUGGUUAUUGUCUUUUUGAUAUACCUGUUUGUUGGGUUUGGGUGUGGACUGCCGGCUUGGGGCAAGUGUGUUGGAAGAGGAUGA